CUCCUUGAGGAAGCUAGAUCUGACAGCUCCGAUUUUUUUGUCGUUAAUUAACCAACAGCAACAGCGAACCAUGUACUGACCGACGUAUUCACACAUCUAUUUAUUUUAAAGGCUCGUUCCAACAGGCGCAAAGAUAGCCAACGCGGAAUGAUAAGACAUUUCUCCGAUGAUUAUAACGGGAAUGACACUGUGGAGCCACGAGUCGUCCAGAGGCUGCCGCUAUAAUGGAAACGGAAUUCAGAUCCAGUGAGCCCCGAUAACGGUUGAAACAGCCUAGGUCCCUCUGCGGAAAGACCUCACACACACACACACACACACACGCACACACACACACACACACACACACACACACACACACACACACACACCUCCACUGCCCCAUUUAACCCUGACACACACACACACACACACUGAUCCUCCUCAUCUCCACCUCCUCCACUCCGACUGGUAGCCCGAUGUCCAGCCCCAGUAGCGGCAGUCCGGAGAGGGAGGGGGGCCCGAUGGCCGUGGGCCGACUGGAGAGCCUCUCAUCCCCCGCGGGGCUGGACGGCGACCCCCCCUCCAUGGGGAGCCCCGUGCUGAGCCCGGACUCGUCUUCCCACGAUGCCGCUCUGUCGGCACCGGCCGCAUCGCCGGCCGACUCGGAGAACCUCAGCCCCGACGAGCUGGAGCUGCUGGCCAAGCUGGAGGAGCAGAACAGGUUGCUGGAGGCAGACUCCAAGUCCAUGCGCUCCAUGAGCGGCUCUCGGCGGAACAGCGGCUCCUCGCUGGUGUCCAGCUCGUCGGCCUCGUCCAACCUGUCGCACCUGGAGGAGGACACCUGGAUCCUGUGGGGACGCAUCGUCAACGAGUGGGAGGAGUGGCGCCGUAAGAAGGACAAACUGCUCAAGGAGCUGAUCAGGAAGGGAAUCCCUCACCACUUCCGGGCCAUCGUGUGGCAGUUGCUGGGCAACGCCACCGACAUGCCGGUGAAGAACCAGUACUCAGAGCUGCUCAAGAUGUCGUCGCCAUGCGAGAAGCUGAUUCGUCGGGACAUCGCUCGCACCUACCCCGAGCACGAGUUCUUCAAGGGACAGGACAGCCUGGGCCAGGAGGUGCUCUUCAACGUCAUGAAGGCAUAUUCUCUGGUUGACAGGGAAGUCGGAUACUGCCAGGGGAGUGCCUUUAUUGUGGGUCUGCUGCUUAUGCAGAUGCCAGAGGAGGAGGCAUUCUGUGUGUUUGUGCGUCUGAUGCAGGAGUAUCGACUGAGGGAGCUCUUUAAGCCCAGCAUGGCCGAACUGGGCCUCUGCAUCUACCAGUUUGAGUACCUGCUACAGGUAAAUAACAUUAAGUUGUAUCAGUUUGAGUACCUGCUACAGGUAAAUAACAUUACAUUCUACCAGGUUGAGUACCUGCUACAGUACACAGAGGAGUUUGUGCUGGGCCUGCAGACCCAGCUGGAGCAGUCCCGGCUGCAGGAGGCUGAGCUGCUCGGGGCCCUCAAAGAGAUGCAGGACAAGGUGCUGGACCUGGAGAAGAGGAACAGCUCUCUGCCGGACGAGACAAACGUGGCCCAGGUGCAGGAGGAGCUGAAGCAGGUAAAGCUGAGAGAGCUGGAGACACUGCGCUCCUUCAGAGAGAUGCAGGAGACCGUCACCGAGCUCAACCAGCGCUGGCAGCACCACACGUCGUCGCGGGGAGGAGGCCACUGGAAGGAGUCGCCCAAGAAGAACGCCAUGAAUGAGAUGCAGGACAAGCUGAUGGGGGUCCGGCUGCGGGAGGCCCAGGCACAGGCCGAACUCAAGGAGGUCAAACUCAAAGCCCUGCAGCUGGAGAGCCAGAAUCAGAUCCACAGUAAGCUGCUGGCGAGACAUGAGCAGGAGAGUUCAGCCCUGCACGACCGCCUGCAACACCUCACCACCCACAACAAGAGCCUACAGAGCCAGCUCAAUGAGAUGAAGAGGAAGCAAUCAGAGUCUGACUGCAAGAGUAAAGAGGAGGUGAUGGCAGUCCGUUUGAGGGAGGCUGACAGUAUGGCUGCCAUGGCAGAACUCAGACAGAGAAUUGCAGAACUAGAAAUACAGAAGGAGGAGGGCCUGAUCCAGGGUCAGCUGAACCACUCUGACUCUCGACAGUACAUCAGUGAGCUCCGAGAACAGAUCGCCGAGCUCAAGAAUGAGAUCAGGCAGCUUCGCGGGCAGCCCUCGGGCUGUGGAGGCGGAGUGGGCGUGGUCGGAGGGGGAGGAGGCGGGGCCUUUCAGGACCUGUGCCUGGCCAGCCCGGUGUCGGCUGAGGGCGACUACCUGAGCUCGGACGAGGACCUGAUGCCCAGCCCGCUGACCCCGGCCAUGGCUGACACACUGUACCCCCAGCAGCGCCAACACCAGCGCCCCCCGCAGGACAGCGAGGGCAGCACAGACAGCGAGGGAGACGAGAGGAGGGGCGGCCGGCCAGACACGCUGGGGGAGUCCCCCACGCCACGCCACAUCUACUCCAGCAUGGUGUGUGCAGAGGGCCUGGACAACCUCCCUCCCCCUCUCUCUCUUGCGAUGCCACGCUCCUUCCUGGUGAAGUGUAAGAGGGGGUCCUGUCACUCGUCCUCUCGCCCGAGAGAUGACAGCCCUUACCUGCCCACAGCUGACCCUCCCGAGUCCCUCCAGAACUCAGGCACUGCGUGGGACGCCCCUAUCGAGUCCCCGGCGGCGCCUCUGGAGGACCCGGACACAGGUGCUGUGACAGGGGUCGUGCACUCCCCACCUCACGUCUUCUCCAGCUGGGCCGCAGCAUCCAAAGAGGCGUCCCCAACGCACCCUCACAUCUGGCGCUCUCUGCACCCCAAAGAACUGAGGGAACACCACGACCCCCGCAACCUCACCCUGCCCUCUGACCCCGAGUCCCAGCAGCUCCAGAGGCUGCUGAGUACGUAUCGGUCAGAAGGCCGAGAGGUGGGCUGUUCUCAGAUCAGCAUCACAGGCUCCUCUCUGGGGCCCUACCCAUUCUGCAGCAAGGGUUUCUCCUCUGUGUCCGGGCCAGAGUCAGUCAUACACAGGACUCACGGAGGUCUGCACAAGAUCAGUGUCCUCAGGACCUGCUCCGAGAGCGGCCACAGGGGUCACAGAGGUCACAGGGUCAAGGAGAGGACGUUCCAGUGUAAGGUGUGCAGUAAGGUGUUCAAGCGCUCGUCCACCCUGUCCACCCACCUGCUCAUCCACUCGGACACGCGGCCCUACCCCUGCCAGUACUGUGGCAAGCGCUUCCACCAGAAGUCCGACAUGAAGAAGCACACCUUCAUACACACUGGAGAGAAGCCUCACGUGUGUGGCGUGUGUGGCCGGGCGUUCAGCCAGAGCUCCAACCUGAUCACACACAGCCGUAAGCACUGCGAGCAGAAGCCCUUCAACUGCCCACACUGCCUCUACAGCUGCCAGCGCAAGAUGGAGCUACGCAGGCACCAGGAGCUGCACUGCACACACACACUGCUCUAUCCUCAGAGCUGAACCCACACACACACACACACUGCUCUAUCCUCAGAG